UGCGAGUAGGUAAUGGUCAAGAGAGAUAAAGUCAUUAAUAUCCAUCAAUAGUACUCAUACGAAAAAUAUUUUAUCACAAAAUUUUGAGCCUUUAAAACGUGAAAAAAUAAGACUACAUGGUUAGAAGUUUGGUGGGAACGUCAAUGUGAAUAUAUUGUACAUGUAUGUAUUUGUAUAAGAAUCUCCAAACGGUUUUUCAGAUAAAAUAAUGAUGCUUUUUUGGUGUUAUAUAUUUUUCUUGGCGCCGUUUAUAAAUUGCUCUGAUGAUGAUGACAAACAGAAGGAUAUGACAAAAUUUCUUCUGAAGCAAAUAAAAAUUCAAUCAGAAAUGGAUAAUACCUUGCAUUUUAAAGUUUGGGGUGAAGAGAAUAUACCUACCAAAUUUGAUUUUAUCAUAAUUGGAUCAGGAUCGGCAGGUUCUGUAAUAGCAAACCGGUUAUCAGAAGUGCCAAAAUGGAAAAUUUUACUCUUAGAAGUAGGACGAGAAGCUACAGGUUUCUCCGAUAUACCUUUUUUGGCACCAGCUCUCCAAUUCACAGACCUUAAUUGGGGUUACACCAUGGAGAAACAGGAAGGAGUAGCUCUAGGUAUGGUCAAUCAACGCAUGCCAUGGCCAAGAGGCAAAGCGUUAGGAGGGUCAACAAUUAUAAACUAUAUGCUUUAUGUACGAGGAAACAAAGAAGACUACAACAAGUGGGAGCAAAUGGGAAAUCCAGGCUGGGGCUACAAGGAUGUAUUCAAAUAUUUCGUGAAAUCCGAAGAUGCCUUCAUCGCUGUCAACGAUACCGGUUAUCAUGGAGUCGGAGGUUACCAAUCAGUCCAAGACGUAUCCUUUAGGACAGAAUCUGCCAAUGCUUGGGUGAAAGCGUGUCAAGAAGCAGGUUACAAAUAUGUUGACUACAACGGAAAGCAACAGCUAGGAGUGUCAUAUGUACAAGGAACAAUAAUUAACGGUAGGAGAUGCAGUGUGGAGAAAGCCUUUUUGAGACCGGUGAAGAAGAGACCGAAUUUAACAAUUCUCACAGAAGCCAGAGCCACUCAAAUAUUGAUAAAUCCCAAAACCAAGGAAGCGUAUGGAGUGAAAUAUAUAAGAAAAGGUCGAACCUACACAGCUUUUGCAGAAAAAGAAGUUAUUUCAUCUGCUGGCGCCUUCCACUCACCCCAACUUCUUAUGUUGUCAGGUAUUGGUCCACAGAAGCAUCUGGACGAACUUGGCAUUUCUACAGUCCAAGAUCUUCCCGUUGGACAAAAAUUGUACGAUCAUUUAACAUUUUUGGGUCUUUUGUUUAGCGUUAACGAAUCUAUAACUGUAAGAGCAGAGGAUAUUAUUUCUUUGAAAUCAUUUCUACAAUAUACAUCUGGAAAAGGGCCAUACACCGACCUCGGAGGGGUUGAAUCUUUCACUUAUAUCAAAGUUAAAGAUGAAGAACCGAAAGAAUUACCAGACGUUGAACUUCUUUUCGUUGGUCUUGGUUUACACACAGACGCAGGAGCGUUGAUACGGAAAUCUUUUGGAUUAAGCGAUCAAACCUUCAACGCGUUUUGGAAACCACUGAUAGGAAAACCUGGUUUCCAAGUUUUACCUAUGUUGCUCCAUCCCAAGUCGUAUGGGUACAUAAAACUCACUUCUAAAGACCCAUUGCAGGAUCCAAAAUUCUACGGGAAUUAUUUCACAGAUCCUAAUGACGAAGACAUGAAGACUUUUAUUGCUUCCAUAAGAGAGACUCAAAGGAUCGUUAACACCAGUCCAUCUCUACAGAAAUAUAAUGCUAAGUUAGUUCCUUGGUCCAUUGGCGGUUGUGAAAAUGAGAAAUGGGAUUCAGAUAAUUAUUGGAGAUGUGCACUUCAACACCUUGCCGCAACACUACAUCAUCAAGUAGCAACAUGCAAGAUGGGUACUAAGGAAGAUCCUGAAGCAGUUGUCGACCAUGAAUUGAAGGUUCAUGGUAUAAAAAAGUUGAGAGUUGCAGAUAGCAGUAUAAUUCCCAUACCACUGGCAGCACAUAUGAAUGCACCAUCUAUCAUGGUAGGAGAAAAGGCUGCAGAUAUGCUCAAAAAAGAUUGGAAAACGCAAAAUUUGUAGUGCAAACCAUGCUUUUCUAUUUUGAAAUCUGAAUCAUUCUUUAUCUAUUCAAAUAAAUUAUUAUUCUG